GCUUAGUAAUUAGUAAUAUUUGAAUUGUGCUUCUUAAACAGCAACUGCAUCUGCAGCAACAACAACGUCGAACCGAGUAACCUAUUCAGCCAGCUCAUGUAAUGCACAAUUCAUUGCACAAUUCCGAAGAGAAUUUGAAGCCAAAAUCCAAACGAUUCAGAAAUAUUUCCCUAUUUGUGGAUUUAGCUGCGACUUCAGUCAAAUAAGCAUCAAAUGUGACAGUGUAUCGAGACGGCGAAGAAGCACGGGUGGCUCGGUUGCAACAAUUACAGCAGACUUCCCGGUGAACACCACCAGUGGAGAGAACUAUACACAGCAAGUUCAGAGUGGUUUUAAAAACGGGCAGUUCAACAUGACGAUAUCGGUCAAUGACGUCACGAUCAAUUCCACAAACAACGACCUCGAAACAACUGUAUCUAUAAAGUGUCCCCAGGGAAGCAUCCUCCAAUCUCAGAAUAAAAAAUGCAUUAUUUGCCCAGCUGGAACAUACCACAAUGUGUCAGGCAAUGAAUGUAUCGAUUGUUCCAUUGGCUUAUAUCAACAAAUGGAUGGUUGGACCAACUGUACAGCGUGUCCUUUUGGAACUACAACAUUCAAUGUUGCUUCCAAUCACAGCUCUGCCUGUAAAGAAAUCUGUACCGCUGGAAGCUUCUUUAGCAUGACUGCAGACAGGUGUCAGCUUUGUCCUGAGGGAUUCUACCAGGAAAAUACUGGCAAAAUGCAAUGUGAUUAUUGCCCUAGUGGAAGGUCUUCUAGUCUUGGAGCCAAAAAUGUUUCUGAAUGUGUAGGCAAGUACAAAUUAAUAUAUUUCUGAAUGUGUAGGUCUUUUUUGUUUAAGUCAAACAAAUGAUAGCUUAGUUUGUUACCCUUUUAGCAGUGAUAUCUGUAAUAAAUAUUGAAUAUUUCUUUUAAAUGAAAGUUCUGCGAUUAAGGAAGUUUAUUAUGAUAACUAUGAUAUUGAGAUGACAGUUUCUUACCGAGCAGUACACAUUAAAAAGUUUGUUCUUUGUACAAUAUAGUGUUUUCGGAACGUGUGCAUCAAACAAAGACAAACUUAUAGCAAAGAUGAGACGGCUGCUUUAAAGUGGUUACCGUCAUAUUUUGACUAAGCCUACCUCCCAAGGGGGGGGGGGAUUCAACGGCAUAAAUAUCUCUCGAAAAGCAAACUUUAUAUUCAAAAUUAGGCGACAUAUGGUCAAUAAAAGAUUUAAAGUUUGCUACCUGUAGUAACCUAAUUGACUAUGCGCAGGAGCAUUACUUUAUGUGACCCAUGUUUAUAUAGUUUCAGAUUACAGUUGACAGUAUUACAGUUAUGUGUGUAGGCCGUUUGAAGUUAAUAUAAAGUUAUCGUUUUGUUUCUGUUCAACCCAUGCGUUGUUCUAUCUCCUUCACAUCUUAACAUUGGCGACGAGAAUGUCUGUACAACUCAAUCCAUUACCACCGUUCGACCCGAAUGCAGAACUUGGAGCGAGUGUUGCUGCCAGAUGGAAACUUUGGCUACGUGAUUUUGAUACUUUUCUUGUGGCUAGCGGAAUUCGAGACGCUAAGCGCCAGAAAGCUUUGUUACUUUACCAAGCUGGACCCAAAGUUCGAGAAAUUUUUAACCAGUUGAGUGAUGUCAACGGAGAAGGGAAUGAAGACAACUUUGCGACAACAAAAGCCAAGCUCAUUGAGUACUUCGAGCCUCAGAAAAAUCGACGGUAUGAAGUUUAUCGUUUUCGUGAAACUCGUCAGGGAGAUCAAGAAUCGCUCGAUACUUUUCAUACACGACUCAGGCCGAUAUCCAGUACAUGCGAAUUCGAAGAUGUAGACUUUGAAAUCGAGGAACAAAUAAUUAUAGGGGGUCGAUCUUCCCGUAUAAGACGCCGAGCUUUGCGUGACCCUACGUAUACCCUUAAAGACAUGCUAAUCGAUGGAAGACGGGAUGAAACCAGUUCGUAUCAAGCCCGAGAUAUAGAAACCACCCACGUACACACAGAAACAACGAACCGCUUGCAAUCGAAGUCUGAUAACAAGACUUGCAACAAUUGUGGAGGAGAAUGGCCGCACAAAAAUCAAUGCCCCGCGCAAGGGAAAACAUGUCGCAAGUGCAACAAACCGAACCACUUUCAAUCAGUUUGUAGGAGCUCAAAAUUCUCGAAGCAGAAACAAAGACGUCCUGCACAUUCUCGCAAAUCACAUGCAGCGGUGAGACCUUUGCAGCAUGAGGAUAAUUCUAGUGACGAGGAAUACCUGUAUACGGUCUCAAAUGGCAACGACAAAUUAUCAAAACGCAGCCCUGUGGUUAAUGUUGUGGUCGAGGGUCACAAGUUCAACAUGAUAUUGGACACCGGAUCCACAAUCAACGUUAUCGAUAGAAAUACUUUCGAAAAGAUGCACGGAGUCAAGUUACAACAAACCAAAAUAAAAGCUUUUCCAUUCAACUCUUCGAAACCAGUUUGUUUUAUAGGAAAAUUUGAAUCGAUGAUCACAACAAAAUCUCGCUAUGGAGUUGCAACAUUUUAUGUCCUAAAAGAUCGUAAUGCUGGUUGUUUACUUUCAGCCAAUACAGCACAAGAACUUGGAGUCAUAACGCUGAAAUUGAAAAAACUUUCAGUUUCAGCAACCCCUACAAAACAUAUUGAUCCGCAAAUUGAUGCCAUUAUUCAACGUUUCAACAAAGUCUUUGAAGGAACUGGUAAACUGAAGGGGUACUCGGUGAAGCUAAACAUCGACGAAAAGGCAAUACCACGUGCACAACCGCAAAGGAGAAUUCCUUUUCAUUUGAGAAAGAAAGUUAAAGAAGCUGUCACCCAGCUGGAAAAAGAGGGGAUCAUUGAAGCUGUACCAGAAAACGCGCCUUCGCAGUGGGUAUCUCCAAUCGUCGUAGUACCGAAAAAGGAUGGAUCUGUUCGUCUUUGCGUAGAUAUGCGUGUGCCAAAUACUGCAAUAAAACGUGUACGUUAUCCGAUCCCUACAUUGAAUGAUAUCAGCAUUCAACUCAAUGGUGCCAAAUAUUUCAGUAAAUUGGAUCUAAACCAAGCUUACCACCAGCUACCAUUACACAUAGACAGUCGUUUUAUCACUACCUUCAGCACACACGUAGGACUUUAUCGAUACACUUGUCUCAAUUAUGGGACAAAUGCUGCUAUGGAAAUUUUCCAGCAUGUUUUACAAGAAUCUUUACAAGGUAUAAAUGGAGUGCUGAACAUCGCAGAUGACAUCGUAGUUUUUGGCAAAACUCGCAAGGAACACGAUUUAGCUUUGCAAAAUUGUUUGCAACGUCUGCAUUCAAAAUGCCUUACGCUAAAUCUCAAGAAAUGUAACUUUCUACAGAAAUCAAUUCAGUUUUAUGGACAAAUUUUCACAGAACAUGGUACGCAGCCAGAUCCAGCCC